UCAGGACGAGCUGGACCCAUAAGUUGUCAACAAAUAAAGUGACAGUAAGGAGACCAGCGAGGUGGUCUGCUCCUCUCCCUCCUGUCUUACCCUCUCAAGUAUAUCCCAAUACCUGCAAACACCUCCCUAUCGUCUAAAUGAGUUGAGUGGUAAUGCAGCGGUGAUAGUAAGGACUGGAAAGUGAUGCUGGGGGGAGGUGGUGGUUGUGGAGGGCCUGUGUCGUGGUGGUGUAGUGAAGCCUGGAGGUGCUCCCCCAAAGUGGCUCCUGACAUAACGUGUGCAGCCACAACAGCCACUCAGAUGGCUGACUGUGACCAAUGCAAUGCCAAGUUCUCUCUCCUCAAGAGGCGGAGAAUCUGUAGUGGUUGCGGGCUGGUGUUCUGCGGGGCGUGUAUAAAGCGUGGUAUGUGUGGAACUCGCAAGUGCAACAAGUGUAUAGUGUUGACCCAGUGGCCUUUAGAUGUAUCUGAAGUGACAGCGCUGCGAGUGAAGGACCUCAGGCAUUUCUUACACUCACGGCAUAUUAACACCACAGCUUGUACAGAGAAACGUGACUUGAUCGAGUUGGUGACGCGUCAUGUAAGUUACCAGCACCGAGGGACGGGCGCCACCAGCAGAUGGAGCGUGCCAGUGAACGGGGAUAACGGUACUACAAAUUCACGAGUACAAACAAACCAUAAGCCUCCUGCACCGCCCCGCCCCAACAACACCACCAGAGAUGAUGGUAUCCGAGUGAGGCCCAGCAGUGCGUCUCCCUCAGACUCGAGGAAUAUGGGUAGCAUACGGGUAAGACCAAUGGAUGGCGUGAGAGUGAGGCCGGUUCGCUCGCUCUCUCCAGAUUCUAAUGAUUAUGAUCCGGAGGUCGACUUCGGGAUCAGGGUUUUUGCAACAGAAAGACAAACAAACCACCAACAGAGGGCCAAUAGCACUUCCCCCAUCAGUGCAGAGGGUUGUUCAGGAAGUGUAGAGGACCACUGUUCACACUGCCCAAGUGAAGACUGUACAACUUCAUGCUGUAGUCUAGAUUCUUGCCAUAAUGGGGCAUCUAGUCAACCUGUAACAUGCCCCCUUAAUGUUGAUACAUCAAGUCAAGAAAGCUUUGAGGAUAUUAUUGCACCUUGUGAAGGCCACCUCCCAGAUACCUCAAAUACAGAGAGAUCCAGAGAUUGGAUAAUUAUCAAUGCUCAAGUGGAACCCCAGCAAGUCAGUGAGACAGGAUCAUCACAUGACACCAAUCACACCCACAACAGCUCUGCCAGUUAUGAUGCUGGGGAGGCAGCUACAAAUUCUUCGCCUGACACUGAACCGUCAGCACCGCCACAGGAGGAGGAGCCCCCACCCGUCACUGCCACGUCGUCCUCCUCGGCCUCUUCCUCCACACCACCUUCGGCAACAUCCUCACCAGAACCAAACAAAUGUUUUGUUCCUGGCAUUAUACCUCUCGGGGAUCUCAAGUCUGAAGAAGAUAUUCGCCGUUUGAGUGUCCGCCAGUGCAAGGAGCUGCUGGCCUUGCAUAGAGUCAACUAUUCUGGAGUGAGGGAAAAGUCGGAGCUCCUAAAGAAGAUCGAGAUGCUCUGGAAAGAUUAUCAGAACUCUCGGCAAGAUGUGGAAGCCUUACCUGAAGAACUAGUGUGUAAAAUUUGCAUGGAUAGGGCAAUUGAUUGUGUGUUGCUAGAAUGUGGACACAUGGUAGCUUGUACACAGUGUGGUAAGCAGAUGGCUGAAUGCCCAGUUUGUCGCCAGUAUGUUGUUCGUGUUGUCCAUACUUUCAGGGCUUGAGUGCAGUAAGUGGCAUUUUCUAUUGGACCUCUUAUUGGGGCCUUAGUAUUUCUGAUACUAAUUUUUAUAAGCUUUAGGAUUCCACAUUGUAAGAUAAUUUUUUAUCUAGUGGACAGUGAACUUGGGUAGCUGUAUGUUAAUUACUGCAUUUUACAUACCUACUUCAAUAUAUGAAACUUGAUUAAGAUGCACCGUGUAGGAGUUUUGUAUGGAGGACAGAGUAAGGCUAGAAUAUGUUAUCUUCAACCUUCUUAGUACAGGGUAGUCAUAUGAAGGCUGACCAGAACUGAUUUUUUAAAUUUCUUCUAAUAAAGUUGUUUUUUAAACUUUGUUGCAGUAAAGUUCUUAUGUAAACUUUUUGCAGAAUAAUCGAGGGAGUUCUAGAUUAGAUAUUGGAAAGUGAAUGAGUCAUGCUGUGGGAAUGUACGUCCUUUAUUAGUGACCGAUUUCACUGUGAAGUGAGACUGGUGCAGUUAAACGGUUAGUGAAGACCUUGGAUACAUAUUCUCUGGUGAACGGUUACCAUGUAGGUUUAAAUGGUUUUAUUACAAGUAACCUGCCUUUUAUUUGCAUUUUGAAGACUGACUUUACAAGUUAAUACUCCAAAAGUUCUCAUCACAGUAUAGUAGUGUAGUUUAUUGGAUGACAUUUGUUAUUUGUUCAUCUUAAUUUUUAAUUGAAAAUAUCUGGUAAAGAAGUACAACAGUUCAUAAUUGUUCAUAAUAAGCCAAUAUGAGGUUUGAUGCUUUAGAGUUAUUUCAGAUAUGAUAAUGAUAGAAUGUAAAUAGACACAGUCUUAGGUGACGCACUCAAAUAUUUAUCCUUAUUUUAUACUGUACAUGUACAUACAUAAAAGACACUUGAACGUUACUGUACUGUAAUUAAGAAAACAUUGUGAAGGCAAUAUGUCUACUAAUUUCACCAUCACAUUACACUCAAGUUGUCUUUCAUAAUUUCAUCCAUUACUUCACCAAAGGUAUGAUAGUGACCCAGAUGCCUUGUUUCUUAAGUUUAUUUCACCUAUGGAUCAAGUAUUUGUUUAAGGUCUUAUACAAAACAGCGAUCCACGUCGUAGACAAACUCGCCAGACUACCAGGUACUUAUUGUACAGUACUUGAUGAUGUCUGUAGUUGGGCAUAAUUUUCACUCCUUUUGAUAAGCUUCCUAUAUUCAGAUUUAAUGUGGAAUCCAUAUUAUGCAAAUCAGUUUACUUAAAACUUCAUUUGACUUUGGUGAGGAUUUAAAUUUACUGUAUUGCUAAGUGUUUGGCUGUACAGUGUCAGAUUUUUCCUAACUUAUUUUUAGUUAAGAAACUUUUAUGUAAACUAUUAUGUUUUUUCUCUGAGGAAGUACGGUAUAAUUAUAAGGUACAGUUUUCAAUAGAAUUUAGUUAUUUUCAACAGGAUUGUCAUUUGGAAAGUAGAAAUGUGAUAUUUUUGUCUAUUUAGUGUUAUGUAUACACAAUUUCAUUCAAUUUUUUUCUGAAAUACAGGUAAGGUAUUUCAAGAAGCAUUAUUUCCACACUGUGUUAUACAUAAUACCAUAUAGUACAGUGAAACCUCUAUAAGGAUUACAUGGAGAGGAAAGUCUGUUAUAUCAAGGGUCCGUCAGAUGUGAAACUCCCAUCUAAUGAACUGUAUAGAGAUGAAAGUCCUUUAUAUCGAGGGUCUUUUAGAUGUGUAUCCCCUACCUUAGGAAUUAUAUGUAAAUGGAAGUCCUUUAACUGGAGAUUUCACUGUACAGCAUAGGAAUAAAUAAUUAUGGGUGAUAAUUUCCUACGAUAUAAUUUUAAUUCUGAAAAAUGGGAAGUUUUGCAUCAUCAGCUUUUCUAUGGAGUUUUAUCUUUUACCAUAGUUUAAUGUAUAAUGAAAAUAAUAAACAGUCCAAAUAUUGUUCUCAUAAUCUUCUGUUACAUUUAAUGAUGUAAUACAAGAUUUAAAGAGACCAGUGUAUUUUGUGUGUGAAUUUGUCAUAUGUUUAUUAUGUAUUUCCUGUUUGUAUUUUCUCUUAUCAAUAUUGUGAUGUUGUACAAAUUUUAUGCACCUGUAAUUCUCUGAACUCUUUAGGGAUGAUUCCUGCCAUUGUUGUGUUAUGUGUGUGUAAUUAUAUGGUUCCCUGGCCAGCCUGUCACCUGCCUGAGUUUGUAUAAGGCGAUUAUUUUAAAACAUUAAACAAAGACUUUAGUAUUUAUCUAUUAUCACAAUUAUGCUUAAGUUUAUCAUAGUUAACUCUUUAUUUCAUAUUUGUAUAAUUUUUCAAUGUGUUAAUCUUCCCAUAAGAGUUGUAGUGAAUGGUUGUAAUACAGUAUAGUUCUUGUGUUGUGCAAAAUGAGUUGGAAUUUAUCCCAUUUGGCAGAUAUGUGUCUCAAAAGAUAUAUUUAGUUUUAAUAUGUGGCCAGAUGUUAUUUUCCCAGAAUAAAAGCAAGUUGGUUACACUGCCAGAAGUUGUGGUGGAAACUGAGUUACUAAUUUAGCCAUUCCAGGUUCAAGGUUAAAUUAAAAACUAGGGGAGAAAUCCAUGUAUUUAUUCCUGUUCAUAAAACACGCAAACAUACGUAUCAUAAUAUAUUAAUGUUUAUCUCUAUCUUCCUCACUAUGAUUUAUGGUAACUGUAGGAAGACUAAAGUAGGCUUUUGGACAUAGGGAUGAUGAUGAGAAAUAUAUCAGUUACCAGGACCAGUAGUAUUGGGACGGAAGUUCUCCUGACCUGACCAUACCUGGCAACAUUUCUUUCUACCAAUUGUUUUGUGUUAGACAUCAUUACUAUAAUUUAACUGUACCAAUUUACCUAUAACAUGGACUGUCACUAAUUAUCCAUUCAGUUUCCACAACGGCUUUGAUUAAUUAAUACAAGUUAUAAAUAUUCAGCUUGGUAUGGUCUGUAUAGAAUAUUGAUCAUGACCAGAAAUGUAACUUCAUACAACUGUGGAUGAGAUAAGCAACUGUAGAUGAAUGAACAUUUUCCCAGGAGUCCACAUACAUACAUCCAGUUAUUACUCCAGAUCCUUAAUCAGUGUGUUGAGAAGACCUAUAUUUGACUGUCAGGAGCAUCAUCACACUACUACCACCUACCUCCUUGCUGCUCCACCUUGUUAGUUACAGCAUCAGUAUUACUCAUUAGUUUACUCCCUGGUUUAGCAUAAUGUUCAGUAAGGUAUAUAACUUAUUUGUAGCUCGACGAGACAAAACAAUCUGUGUAUCUUUUUGGAGUGAUGACUCAAAUGGGUCUUGAUCUUCAGUGAGUUAGGUCAGUUUAGUGUAGUAUUAAGCAAAAUUCACUCUGCUUGUAAUAUAUUUUUGUAAUGAACAUCGAACUAUUUUCAUUUUACGGGAAUCAUUUUGUUUAUAAGAAUACAGUAUCAGUCAGUAUCAGUGUUGUCUAUUAUGGAAUGACAUUGUAGGGUAAAAAAUCACACAUCAGUAACUUAUGAAACAAAGAUUUAGUUACAAAAUAAUAAUGUCAACUCUUCAAGGAUUUUUAUAAUAUGUUAGACUAGUUAUUUUACUCUUAAAAUUUGACAUUAUGAAAAAAUCACUUUAACAACUUUCAUCUGCAGGCUAUAAUAAAGUUAAUCCUUGGAAUGUGUGGGGAUUAAUCUGCCGUUCAUGAUAUUGAUUGUUCUUAUUAUGUGCUAAGUAUUUCCUGUACUGUAUUACCUGUGGACAGUUAGUCAUAUCAAUGGUGUGAUGAGAGACAUUAGACAUCAUCCUCACACAACACUGUCUGGGAGAAGUUAACUUUAUCAACAUUUAGCUUUGUUUUUUGUGCACGUACAUGAUGUUGAUGAUGCAGUGUCCAUAUUAUAUACAAAAUGAAACUACCAAUCAUAUAGUCCUUCAGUGCAAUUUGCCUUCACAUUCUUAUGACCAGAUAGUCAUGUGGGCCCUUACAGCUGUAUUUGAAAAUAGCAUUAAUAAAAUGUACCAAUACUUUGCA